AUGGCUUCUCCCUUCGACCAGAAAAAAGCGUCUAUUUUGCAAGAAAUUGGAGUCACAUCAGAAGCGUCUCCCGAUGCUUCUCCUAAGGGAACCAUAGAUGAGCUUUGUUUGCCUAUCAUCAAUGUCAUAAACUCACAUCCUGAUAUGGUUACCACAUCUCUGUGUUCCGGGCGGGUAUCGGUUUUUCUAGAAGGAAAAAAGCUGGAUCACCAGAUUGGGGCAAAAGGAAACGAAGGCCGCUGGCUUUUUGUAACACACGAGCCCCUGGCCUUGGAAAAAUGGUACGAACAAGUGGAUUUUGUUUACGGUUCCGAUAUGGAUACCAGUAGUGGAACAAGAUACAUUUUGUUCAAGUUUGAGCCUUUAAUUUUACAUGUCAAGUGUCGAGACCUUAAGACAGCCAACUUGUUGUUUUCUACGGCCAUGGGUUGUGGUUUCCGUGAAACGGGUAUUGGAUCAAAUAAUAUAGUGGGGAUUCGAAUUCUGAUCAAACUAGAUGUGCCUAUUGGCAUGCUUCAAGGCGAUAAGCUUAUGCUGUUUGUAUCGAAGGAAUACCUUGAGCUCAUCACAAGACUUUCUUACGAUCGAUUUACAGAAAACUUUCGGAAAAUGGACCAGCUUAAGAAAUCCAUCGCAAAUAUGGGACAAGCCAAAGAGGAAAAAACAGAAACAAAAGAAGAGCGUCGCCUUCGAAAAAUGGCCGAGGGCAUGGCAAGACGAGAAGCUGUUAGAGCAGAAAAGGAGAAAAAGAAGUUGGAGAAGCUUGCCCAAGAAGAAUCAGCUGGGACGAAAGAGUAA